CCUCCUGAGAAAAUAUAAAAUGUUCAUUUUAGUUUACUAUCCAUUACUAUUUAAUUACGGUUGCUAAUCUGCUAAUUUAAAGAUUAGGUAAAUCUAAAACCUCUCAUACACCAAGGGCAACAAUGGAUGAAUCUGAAUCAAGAGGUAAAGAGCCGGCCAACAAUGAAGAUGAAUGUGACAUCUCGUCAUUUAGCCAUAAAGAUCUCAUUGAGAUCACUAAGACUACACUUAAUGAGGUGUUGGAGCGAGAUUCUUUACUGAGCGACUUGCCAAGAGACGUGACACUGGAGGAGGUUAACGCUCAGAUUGCUCUGGAGCAUGGACAGUCAAUGACGGUCUACGUUGAUAGAGCAGACGGAGAGGAACUGCCUGUAGUGGUGAAACAUAAAGAUGCGACAGUGUUGGACCUUAAGAGAGCCAUCCGAAGGCAUUUAAUGUGGAGGAUGGACAGACUGCAAAAAAAGGUUAAGAUAAGUUGGAAAUACAUCUGGAAAACAUAUCACUUGGUGUACGACUCAGAAAGACUCGUCAAGGAUGAAAAACUGUUAUCUGAAAUUGGCAUAAGGAAUAAAUCAAGAGUGACCUUUGUGAAGCGAUUGAGGAAGAAAGGAGAAGUUGAAAGUUGAACUACUUUGUCAACUGUGCAAUUGAUUGAAGUCAUGUAGUUAAUUGCUGGAUGUAAAUAUAUUUCCUAUUUUUAUAUAA